AUGGCUACACGAUCAGGGAGAAACUUCAGAGGGCGUCUGAUUGACAACCAGCGAGAUGGUUUGUUACUAAAGAUUGUUGAGCAACUUGAAUCGAUGGACACUCGGAGUGAAUCAAUGGACACUCGGAUCAGAAAGUUAGAAGAUCGUGGGAAAGCUUCCGCAACUGAUAAGGCAGAUGAAGAAGAAGAUACUAUAGUUGAGGAAACCAACACUGAUGACAAAGAAGAGCAGGCCCAGAACAAGCAAUCUUUUGGGGAUUGGGUCAAAGAAUACCUUGAGUUUAGUAGUGUGCCUGACAAAGUGGAUACUGCUGGAGAUAUUACCAAGAAAGUUAAGGUUGAAGUGCCCGAUUUCGAGGGGAAAACUGACCCUAUUGUGUUUUCAGAUUGGCUUGCUAGAAUCGAGGAGUACUUUGAUUGGUAUGACAUGGAUGAUGAACGGCGAGUGAGGUUUGCUAAGAUGAAACUGGUACUCUUGGCAAAAGUAUGGUGGGCUGGUGUUGAAGGUGAUACUAUGAGAUUGGGACAACCACCAAUCAGCUCUUGGCAAGAGAUGAAGGCCAAGUUGCGUGAGAAAUACAUGCCACCUAAUUAUCUUGACAAACUGUGCGAUAAGCUCAUUGCUCUCAAGCAAGGCAGCAUGUCAGUAUCUGAGUAUAUGCAAAAGUUUGACGAGUUAAAGACAAGGAGUCAGAUUGUAGAAGACUCUAGACAAACUCUUGCAAGGUUCAAGGCUGGUUUGAGACCUGACAUAAAGAUGGAGAUGAUUCGACAACCAGUGUACAGCGUAGAACAUGCUUUCCAAGUUGCUUUGGACUUGGAAGAAUAUUUGGGUUACACCACAGUGAGGAAAUCUGGGAGUCAGGGUAAUGACACAGCUCAAAGAAAAUAUUUUGAGGCUGCUGUUAAGACAAGGACAGGAAACCCAUCAUCCAAUCGAGCACCAGAUUCUAAACCCUCUUCUUCAAAGGCCAUUGAAUCAAGGGUUUGCUUCAAGUGUGGGCAACCAGGUCACAUGGGAUAUCAAUGUCCAAAGAAGAAUCUGCAUAUUGGAAUAGAGCAAGAGGCAGAACCAGAGCAUGAGGCGGGAAACGAUGACUUCGACUAUGGGGAAUACGAUGCAGAUGAUCUCGAGGAAGAAGACCAUGACACUUCCCUUUCCUCUGUCGUGAGACGUGUGCUAGCAGCUCCUAAAACGGGGGGAGAAGACUGGAGUCGAACAGCUAUUUUUCAAAUGUUAGUUCGUUGUGGGGAUAAAGCUCAGAAGCUAAUUAUUGAUGGCGGUAGUUGUAUGAAUGUUGUCUCAAGCUCAACGGUUGAACGCCUUAAACUUCAAGCACAACCACAUCCACAACCAUACAAGGUAGCUUGGAUUGAUAGCACCCAAAUUCCAGUAACUCAACAGUGCCUUGUUUCGCUUUCUUGUGGUGACUACACUGAUUCUAUUUGGUGUGAUGUGGUCCCCAUGAAGGUAGCUCACAUUCUUCUGGGAAGGCCAUGGCUGUUUGACCGGGAUGUGAACCAUAAUGGUAAAGAAAAUACAUAUUCUUUCCUGUUCAACAAGAAAAAGGUGGUCUUGAAGCCAAUGCAAGCUGCUGAAAUGGCAAAGUACAAGGGAAAGGCAUCUAAAGGCGUAGGGAGUAACAAGAAAUCUCUUCAUAUUCUCACAAAGAAGAAAUUUCAAGUAGAGAGUGAAGAAGCUGGGGUCAUAUAUGCCGUAGUGGCAAAAGAAACUGUGGGAAUCACCGCUGUCCCUAAUUCUCCAGUUUGCCCAGAAAAUCCGGAGUUAACCGAAUUAUUAUCCAGUUUUUCAGAUUUGGCUCCAGAGGAGUUGCCUGACGAGCUUCCCCCUAUGCGUUCUAUUCAGCAUGCCAUAGAUUUCAUUCCAGGCUCACAAUUGCCUCAUCUUCCAGCCUAUCGCAUGAACCCGAGUGAACAUGCCGAACUCAAAAGGCAAGUAGAUGAAUUAUUAUCUAAGGGUUUUAUUCGUGACAGUCUCAGUCCCUGCGCUGUUCCAGCUUUGUUAACACCUAAGAAGGAUGGUAGUUGGCGCAUGUGUAUUAAUAGUCGCGCUAUCAACAAGAUUACUAUUAAGUAUCGAUUUCCUAUUCCGCGGCUCGAUGACAUGUUGGAUAUGAUGGCUGGUUCAAGUCAGUUUUCGAAACUCGACCUAAAAGGCGGCUACCACCAGAUACGGAUUAGGCCUGGAGAUGAAUGGAAGACUGCGUUCAAGACAAGGGAUGGGUUGUAUGAGUGGUUAGUGAUGCCAUUUGGUCUCUCCAACGCACCUAGUACGUUUAUGCGGUUUAUGAAUCAGGUAUUACAACCCUUCAUUGGUCGGUUCUUGGUUGUCUACUUUGACGAUAUCUUAAUAUAUAGCAGAACAAGGGAGGAGCACCUCAAUCACUUGGGGCAAGUUCUUAGGGUUCUUUGUCAAGAGAAGUUGUAUCUAAACCUGAAGAAGUGUUCUUUCAUGAAGCCAAGUGUUGUAUUUCUGGGAUUUAUUAUCUCCUCUGCAGGUGUUGAGGUCGACCCAAUUAAGGUUAAAGCAAUUGUGGAGUGGCCAGUUCCUAAAACUUUGCAAGAGACUCGAAGUUUUCACGGUUUAGCAACGUUCUACUGA